UGUUUCACAUUUGUAGUAUUCCAUGAAUGAAGAAGAAGAAGAAGUGAGCCUGGGAAUUUGCUUCCCUCCAAAAACAUUGCAGCAUCAGCAAUGUCGCUUCUUCAAUUUCAUCUCAAACCUUCUCAUCACCCUCUCUCUUUUAAUUCAAAUCCCCAAAGAAAAUCCCCAAAUCCCAUUACCAUAAACCUCCCUUCAAAAACCCUACUCAAACCCUCAAACGCCACCAAUUCCAAACUCCCUUCUCUUCUCACUUCUUUUUCCACAUCGCAAAACCCUAAUCACAAUCAACCCAAUCAACAAAUACCCAACACAUUCCACUCUCUUUCAUCAAUCAAACCCUAUAUUCUCUCCCAAUACAACCCUAUUCUCCUCGGUUGGCUCUGUAGUCUCGUUUCAGCUCUCUGUUUGUCCCAGAUUGUCCCUAGAAUCGGAAAAUUCUCCGCGAAUGUCGGAAAAACGGAUGCUUCUGGAUUGACAAAUGAAGGGGUUGUUCUUGCUGCUCUUUUUUUAGCUAAACUGAUUGCUACUUACGGGCAGCAUUCACUUUUAUGGGAAGCGGCUCUUAAUGCCGGUUAUGAGAUUAGAGUUCAUGUUUUCGAAAGGGUUUUGAAGAGGGAAUUAGGUUUUUUUGAAGGUGGAACUGGGAUUUCUAGUGGUGAUAUUGCUUAUAGAAUUACUGCUGAAGCUGCUGAUGUUUCUGAUACCGUUUACGCCCUUCUCAAUACCAUUGUGCCCAGUGCUCUACAACUGUCAGCUAUGGCAUCACGAAUGUUGGCUAUCAGCCCUGUCCUUUCCUUGAUUUCAGCCAUGGUCAUACCAUGUAUGGCUUUAGCUAUUGCAUGUCUGGGUGAAAAGCUUCGUAAGAUAUCUAAAAAGUCUCAUCUUAGCAUCGCAAGUCUAUCAGCCUAUCUCAACGAGGUCCUCCCAGCCAUUCUUUUUGUCAAAGCAAACAAUGCAGAGUUGAGUGAGACUGCCAGAUUCCAAAAGCUUGCUCAUGCUGAUUUAACUGAACAUUUUAAAAAGAAGAACAUGAAAGUGCUCAUCCCCCAGAUCACGCAGAUAGUCUAUUUUGGAGCAUUAUUUAUGCUUUGUUGUGGGUCACUGGUGAUUUCAUGUGGCUGUUUUGAUGGCUGUAGCAUGAUUUCAUUUGUUACUUCUUUGGUUUUCUUAGUUGAGCCAAUUCAGGAUGUUGGGAAAGCAUACAAUGAGUGGAAGCAAGGAGAACCAGCUAUUGAACGGUUGUUUGAUUUGACCAGGUUAACAUCUAAGGUGAUUGAGAAACUGGAGGCUGUUCAUUUGGACCAUGUUACUGGAGAUGUCAAAUUUUGCGAUAUCUCAUUUAGGUAUGGAGAAAGUAGGCCUUCAGUUUUGAACAAAGUGAACCUUCAUAUUAAAGCUGGGGAGACAGUAGCUCUUGUUGGGCCGUCUGGAGGAGGAAAGACAACCCUUAUUAAAUUGCUUCUUCGUCUUUAUGAUCCGUCGUCUGGUUGCAUACUUCUUGACAACCAAAAUAUUGAAAACAUGCGGUUGGACAGUUUGAGGAGGCACGUUGGCUUAGUUUCUCAAGAUACAACUCUUUUUUCAGGAACAAUUGCUGAAAACAUUGGAUAUAGGGAUCUAAUGACGGGAAUAGACAUGGAGAAGGUUGAAAUGGCAGCAAAAACUGCCAAUGCUGAUGAGUUUAUUAGAAUGCUUCCAAAAGGGUACAAAACAAAUAUCGGACCAAGGGGCUCAAGUUUAAGUGGAGGGCAAAAGCAAAGAUUAGCUAUUGCUAGAGCACUGUAUCAAGAUUCUUCUAUAUUGAUUUUGGAUGAAGCAACUUCUGCUCUAGAUAGCAGGUCUGAAUUAUUGGUGAGGCAAGCUUUGCAGCGGUUAAUGGAAAAUCAUACUGUGAUUAUCAUUGCUCACCGUCUGGAAACAGUUUUGAUGGCGAACCGAGUAUUCACUCUCGAGAAUGGAAAACUCGAGGAGCUGAAUCGCUCGAACCUUAUGAAUGGCCAUAGAAAUUCCAUGUCAGCGAGUGGAAUUGUGAUUUGAGGGCAUGGCAGCUAUGUGCUGGAUACACUCCGGCAGUACAGACGACAUAGAUAGAUAGAUAUAUAGGCAUUAACUUACAGUUACAGCUUACUCAACUUCUGUUUUACCAUUUCUAUCUGUUUUUUUUUCUGUAUUAUAAAUAUAAGCAUGUUUAUAACCCUAGAUCAAACCCUCCAUUUGAGGAUUGCCAGUAAGAUUUAUGAUAGUUAUGUAUUUGUUUUGUCUUAUAAAUGAGUUAAAUUAAAAUCAACUCA